AAAACGUUCUUCGUCGUGGUUUGUCCAAACCUGCGUUGCUAAGAGAUAAACAGUUUACCAAUAAUGCCGACUUUCUUUCUUAGUAGCUUAGCAAAUGGCUAACGUGGUUAAUGUUCUCUUUUCUCUAUCGUUUUUACGUCUGCUCGGUUUCGUGUUGUUGGUCGUGAGUGUGAUGCAUACUCAAAACGCUUCUUCUGUUGAUAAGGUGUAAUGAAUGAAGAAUGCGCUGUCCAACAGUUUUCCAGCCGUCCUUUCUCACCGCUACCGGACCCAGCGUCACUGCGUUUCUGCUCUACGGAUCCUCAAAUGUCACUCUGAAUCUGAGGAAAGUCCUUCCAUCCAACUUAACAGGGAGCAUCGGUUCUCCAUCGUGUGCAGAUGGGGAGACACAGUGGACGGCGACAAAGGAGCAGAUAGGAAAGGCUGUAGUGCGAGUCCACCUGAGACUGAAUCGAAGUCUGUCUUUGUGUUCUGAGAAUGGAACAAACCCUGACUGCUGUUCAAGGCCGCUGUGUGUCCUGGAAACCCUCCAGGUGUCGGCUUGUGUUGGGGGCGCCCCUCAGGCAUCGCUGCUGGUUCAGGCCGUCAUACAUGCCCAGCUGCUUCCUUCAAAUGCUGGAUCAGAUAACAAAACAGUCAUUCCAAACCAAGUGUUUCAGCCAUUGGGCUCGUGUCCCUGUGACCUGACCACGGGAGUAUGUGAUGUACGCUGCUGCUGUGACAAGGACUGUUCCAGUGAAGAUUUAAAGCUGUUUGGGUCCCACUGUCUGCCGGGGCCCUUUGGUGGACAGGUGUCUCCCACUCCAGAGUAUCAGUGCUCGGCUCAAUCCUCUGAAAACUCGCCUGACUGGUUUCCAUUUUUAUGUGUCAACUCUCCACCUGAAAACAACCCUUUCCUCGGCUUCUUUUACCACGGAAGCACAAAGGAGUCAGUGCUUGGCCCAUCCUUCCAAAAAGCUGUGUCUCCAGCUGUCGCAUCAGCUAGUCCUUAUGUUCAAGAAAGCCCACUUAUCCAGUUAGAUGGACAGUUUUUUGUUAUACCUCAGGUCAUCCUGGGGCGAUGUGGAAGCAACACUCCCGUAGCAUUUUUGAGAAAUUUCAAAGUGGAAUGUGUAACCCUGCUCCACUCUUGUCCAACGGGAUUUCCGUUGCAGACACAAUCGGCAGAACUGACCAGUCAAGUCAUGGAUGGGCAAGGCGGAGUUGUUGAAGUGGAUGUAGCUGAAGAAGUGGUCUCUGAUGUAGGUCCAUUUAUCACCAAAAGCAUCACAGUUCCUUCUGAAGAAAAGAUUCUGGUGUGUGAGAAUGUGACCAUAUCGCUGGAUUACAAGUUCUAUUGGAAAGCAAAUGGCCUCACAGGAAUCGCACUGACACGCACCAUUGGGACCAUCAUCUCAAAUACAAGCGUGGAGUUAAGAACGAGAUAUUCUGCUGUGUUUUUAAACGGUAAUUCUAUGGCUGAGCCUGUGUCAGGGAACCCAGGUUAUCAGGUGGGGAGGCCUGUUAUUGCUGGAAUCAUAGACAACGACACAUCCUCAAUGCAAAAAACCUACAUUAAUGUUUGGAAACCAGUUCAUGAUGGGCUCUGUUCCAGUGCUGAGAGGGAGGCAGUUCUGUUUGGGAAGAAUUACACAUCUGGAUGCCUGCUGCCUGUUGUCACAAAUAAUCUGACUCAGUGUAAUCUAUUGAGAGAAACGGUCUUUAAGCUACAAGAAGGUUUGACUGCUGCUGCAUACGUGGCAAAGCGUGGAAACCCAGAUCUUUUUACCAUGACAGAUUGGCUGAACAUUAGCUUGGUAAGCUUGAACUCAAGCGAUGCUGCAGAGGACACGUCCAGUGAAUGCAGGGCGGUUCCAUCCCAUGUCCACGUGCAGGUUUGGACUCUUGUCACUGGGUUUGUAGGAAGCAUACCUCAAAGGGAAAUCUUUGCUUUGCAAGUCAGCUAUGGUUUGUCCACCUGGUCAUUGGACUGUGGAGGAGGCAAUGGGUCUUUCUGUGAAGAAAGUCAGUUGUUGUCGAUCACCUCUUCAGUCACCUUCAUUGACAUUCCCUACAACACAGGGCCACCAAAAAGCAGGUUUCAGAUCAACUUUACAGAAUAUGACUGUGACAGGAAUGAUGUGUGCUGGCCCGAGCUCGCUUUUCCUUUCACCAGAUAUUACACGGGUGAGCCGUAUUCUCUGGCAUUGGCAAAGGGUUUGAUCUUGGUUUUCUUCUUCAUCACGGCCUCAAUUCUUGGAUCACCAUGGAGGAAAAUCAGACAGGCAUGGCACAGUGCUGCCUUCUGAAACCUGUUCUUGAAAACAAUGACAAAUUUUGUACAUUUUUAUUAAUUGAAAGUGGUAUACAAACUGUUUUUCCUUUGAAUUUUAAAAAAUAAUUUGUUUUAAUUAAGAAUUUUACUUAAUAAAAUCACUAUUUUUUGAAUAA